AUGCCCAAAACCAUUGAGAUAACGCAAACGAUAACAAUCAAGGACAUCGACAGCGAACCAACCAUUCAAACAAAAGUCGAAACCUCCAAACCAACCCUCAAUAUGGCUCCCUCACCUUUCGUCCCCUCUUCAAUCUCGGCAGUCGAGUCGAACCAACUCAGCAUCCUGUACUACGCCCGCCCCGAUGGCGACAUCGCAGCCUUAACUGCCCAGAAAAGCGGCGAGGAUCCAAGCAAUGCCGACUACAAAUCCACCAACGUUAUCCUCGAGGGAAACACCAUUAGCGCUACUGUUCCACAGCUCAGCGCCGUGGCGUACGAUUUCCACGGCAGCAAGGAGAUCCGGCUCUACUACAUCGGCGGCAAACUCGGCGCCCCGACGCUCCGCGAACUCGUCCGCAGCAACGGGGGCGAAUGGAAAGACGGCGCCCUCAACAAACUUCGUCUGCCCAUCACGCCCAACUCGCUCAUCUCCGCGAACGUGGAGGACGAUGUGGGCGAUCUGAAGGUUUUCUAUAACUCGACGGAUGAUGAUGAUAAUACCGUGCCGACUGUGGCGUGGGUUACUAAGGGCCAGACUGCGUGGAGUUCGCGGAUUAUUGGGAAGUGGAAGUAG